UAAUAUUUAAUAUUAUUACAGAAAAUGCCCUUUGAGUGUCUCUGUUGAUCGUCCCACGUGGCAAUUGAGUUGAGAUAACAACGAGAAAGUGUCCUCUGUGGUUCUGAGGCAAAAGCAGAAGCAUCAUCCAUGGCAGUCCCUGCACCAACCUCAGCCUCUCUCCUUCGACCCAUUCACGCCAACCGCACCUUCUCUUCUUCAUUCCCUCGCACCAUCCCCACCACCAACAAACCCUCAACCGUCGUCGCCAUGGCCCCCCAGAAAAAGGUGAACAAGUACGACGAGAACUGGAAGAAGGAAUGGUUCGGAGCAGGAAUAUUCUACGAGGGAAGCGAGGAUGUUGAGGUUGACGUGUUCAAGAAUCUGGAGAAGAAGAAGGUAUUGAGCAACGUCGAGAAAGCAGGGUUGUUGUCCAAGGCAGAGGAACUUGGCUUCACUCUUUCUUCCAUUGAGAAACUCGGCGUCUUUUCCAAGGCUGAGGAACUCGGCUUGCUCAGCUUGUUGGAGCGAGCCGCUAGCGUUUCCCCUUCCGUGUUGGCUUCCGCGGCGCUUCCGGCUCUGGUGGCUGCCAUCGCCGCGAUUGUGCUCAUUCCCGAUGACUCCGCCGCGCUUGUUGCCGUUCAGGCUGUUGUCGCAGCCGCGCUCGUCGUCGGCGCGGUUGGGUUGUUCGUUGGGUCUGUUGUUCUCGGCGGAUUGCAGGAAGCCGAGUGAAUGAUUGACGACUGUAAGGAUGAUGUGUAGAUAAAUUAAUUUUAGAAUUAUUUUUUAUUUUGUGUCUUUUAAUUUUGUUUUAGAGUUGUGGAGGGCGAGGGACGUUGAUGAGAAGACUCUUUCUUUUUAGUAUAAAAAAACAUUUUAAAAAAAAUGAUAAUGACAAUAAUUAACUUGAAAAUGGUAACAUGCAUACAAAUGUUGUGAC